AUGGUACGCGGAGCUGGCGAGGCGUCUCCGUCCCUCACUGUGACGUCGGGUGCCUUCGGAGAGCUCGACACCACUGGGUACGAGGGCUUGAUGGCGGACGUGACGUUGGUCCACCCUUACAUUGGUAGCUCUGCCGACCUGACCAAGUGGGGGGAGGUCAACCUCGACGCCCUCCAUGUUGCAGCGUCUGAGAAGAUUCGCAAACAUCGCGCUGCAUAUGCUAUGACUACUCCUCCUCGAGCGUUCAUCCCUCUUGCCAUCUCGACGGACGGUACCCUGCAUCCUGACACCCUCCGCUUCAUCUGGUAUUUGGCGGACAUCAUUGCUCAGCGCUCGAUGCCUCUUGAGGAUGCGGCGUUUGGUCGGCACUUCGUGCCUGAUGACGGCCCUGCUGCUGAGGUCUUGGCUCGCAAACGCGCCGCCACCUAUCAGCGCCUCACCAUGCAGCUGACGCUGGAGGCGCUCUUGUCUGGUGCGAGGCGCAUGACGCCCUUGCGGGCGCAAGCACUCCUCGAGCCAGAGGACAGCUCCUCCUCGGACUUUGUCGAGUCGCCCGAGGAGUCUUCGCCGGAGGUCUCCGACUCCGAUGGGGGAAACCCUUCGAGUGGCCCCGACGAUGGGCGCGGAGCUGGCGACUCGGAGGCGUCUCCGUCCCUCACUGUGACGUCGGGUGCCUCCGGAGAGCUCGACACCACUGGGGUGCUUGCUGCUGGUCCGAGCUCGCCUGCUUCCUCCCCGGCAUCGGUCGGGUCACGCCGGUCCUUGGGAAUUGCCGCGGCGUCGCCGCCGUCACGGGCGGCUACCGCUGACUCGGCUACCGCUGACUCGGAGGUAUAG